AUGCCUGAACACGAAGAAAAUGUUGAGACCGAAACCUUCGCCUUCCAGGCUGAGAUUGCCCAGUUGAUGAGUUUGAUCAUCAAUACCUUCUAUUCAAACAAAGAGGUUUUCCUUAGGGAGUUAAUCUCUAACUCUUCUGAUGCUCUUGACAAGAUUCGUUAUGAGAGCCUCACAGAUCCAUCAAAAUUGGACAGUGGCAAAGACUUGUACAUUAGAAUUAUUCCCAACAAAGCAGACAGAACAAUCACCAUCAUUGAUACUGGUAUUGGCAUGACCAAGGCAGAUAUGGUCAACAAUUUGGGUACCAUUGCCAAGUCAGGAACAAAGGCCUUUAUGGAGGCUCUUCAGGCUGGAGCAGAUAUCAGUAUGAUUGGUCAGUUUGGUGUGGGUUUCUACUCUGCUUACCUGGUAGCAGACAGGGUUACAGUAACUAGCAAGCACAAUGAUGACGAGCAGUACACCUGGGAAUCUGCAGCUGGUGGUAGCUUCACUGUCAGACAGGACACUACUGGGGAACCUCUGGGAAGAGGUACAAAAAUAGUCCUGUACAUCAAAGAAGAUCAAACAGAAUACAUUGAGGAAAAGAAAAUCAAAGAAAUUGUUAAAAAACACAGUCAGUUUAUUGGUUACCCCAUCAAACUGCUCGUAGAGAAGGAGAGAGACAAAGAAGUUUCUGAUGAUGAGGAAGAAAAGAAGGAAGAAGUUGAGGAAGAAAAGAAAGAAGAGGACAAAGACAAGCCAAAGAUUGAGGAUCUGGAUGAUGAUGAGGAGGAUGAGGACGCGAACAAAGAUAAGGAUAAGAAAAAAAAGAAGAAGAUCAAGGAAAAGUACACUGAAGAUGAAGAGUUGAACAAAACAAAACCGUUGUGGACAAGAAAUCCGGAUGACAUCUCAAAAGAGGAGUAUGGAGAGUUCUACAAGUCAUUGACCAAUGACUGGGAAGAUCAUCUUGCUGUUAAGCACUUCAGUGUCGAAGGUCAGUUAGAGUUCCGUGCUCUGCUUUUUGUACCAAAAAGAGCUCCAUUUGACCUUUUCGAAAACAAAAAGAAGCGCAACAACAUCAAGUUGUAUGUGCGUAGAGUUUUCAUCAUGGACAACUGUGAAGAACUCAUCCCAGAGUACUUGAGUUUCAUCAAGGGUGUCGUUGACAGUGAGGAUUUGCCAUUGAACAUCUCAAGGGAGACUCUGCAGCAGAGUAAAAUACUUAAGGUCAUCAGGAAAAACCUGGUCAAGAAAUGCCUGGAACUUUUUGAUGACAUCUGUGAAGAUAAGGACAACUACAAGAAGUUCUAUGAACAAUUCAGCAAAAACAUCAAGUUGGGCAUCCACGAAGACUCAACAAACCGCAAGAAGCUCUCAGAAUACCUCAGAUUCCAUUCAUCACAAUCCGGCGAUGAACAGACCUCACUGAAAGAUUAUGUGUCCAGAAUGAAGGAAAACCAAAAGUCUAUCUACUACAUCACUGGUGAGAGCAAGGAAGCUGUAGAGAACUCUGCAUUUGUUGAAAGAUUACGUAAACGAGGCUAUGAAGUCCUGUACAUGGUUGACCCCAUUGACGAGUACGCCGUACAACAGCUCAAGGAAUAUGAAGGCAAAACAUUAGUCUCUGUAACAAAGGAGGGUCUUGAGCUGCCAGAGGAUGAAGAGGAAAAGAAGAGGCAAGAGGAAAACAAAGCCAAAUUUGAGGGCCUCUGCAAGAUCAUGAAGGAGAUCCUCGAUAAGAAAGUGGAAAAGGUCACAGUUUCAAACAGAUUGGUAUCAUCUCCUUGCUGCAUAGUAACCAGUCAAUAUGGAUGGUCUGCCAAUAUGGAACGCAUCAUGAAGGCGCAGGCACUUAGAGACACCAGCACUAUGGGAUACAUGGCCGCCAAGAAACAUCUCGAAAUCAAUCCUGAUCACUCUAUCAUCAAGACGCUAAAAGAGAAGGCCGACAACGACAAGAACGAUAAAUCAGUGAAAGAUUUGGUGAUGCUGCUGUUUGAGACUUCCCUGCUCGCAUCUGGUUUCUCACUGGAGGAUCCCCAGAUCCAUGCAUCGCGCAUCCAUCGUAUGAUCAAGUUGGGGUUGGGCAUCGACGAAGAGGAUCUCGCAGUACCGGCCAGUUCAGGAGCAGCCACGAAUGCCACUGAUGACGUUCCACCACUGGAGGGCGAUGACGAAGAUGCGUCAAAGAUGGAGGAAGUAGAUUAG